GUCUCACAUCUUCAGUAAAUGAGACAAGUUCCGUUUCUAUAUAUCAUGAACAUAUUUUUCACGUCUAACAAAUGCAAGCCCGGAUCAACAAUUUCGCUAAUCACCACUUGUUUAUUUCGGGCUGAAAGCGGACUCCCAUGAUACCCCAGGCUUUUCAGAGGAACUCUGGUCACUCCGAACACUUGUCUGCGGAGACUGCCAUCAACAUCUGUCCGCCAGCAAGUGAUGGUAUCAGAUUAAGUCUUGAGAUUCUCCAUUUUCUGAAGCAGAACGGUCUGGAUGCCCAUGAACUUCUGAAAUUACCUGCUGUCCGUCUACGGGUUGUCGAUGACACUCGACCUUUGAGGGACUAUUUCGUCUCCUCUUCGCACAAUACGUAUCUACUCGCAUGGCAAGUCCUCGGUCGUGCAUCUUCCGAGUGCUACACCCAUGUUCUCUCCAAGAACGCACGCUGCGUCGAGAUUGAUGUUUGGUGGUCUUCCAAGGGUCCGAUCGUCACACACGGACAUACGCUCAGUCGAAGUGUUCCGUUCAAGGCGGUUUGCGAGGCUAUUGGCGAAGCAAUUCACGACGAAGACUGGCCUGUUGUUGUCAGUCUCGAGUGCCACGUACCGAUUUCCCACCAAGACGAACUUGUGGAUAUCAUGAAAGGUGCGUGGGGCAAUAAGUUGGUGCAGGAGCCAUUGGAAGGAGUCAGUGGUGAUACCAUAUCUCCAAGGAAUCUGAAAGGAAAAAUCUUGCUUAUGGUGGAGUAUUAUCCGGACGUAGAUUGCCAGGAGGUUACUGCAGAUUCUGAGGCAUUUGAUGAUGACUCGUGUGCUGGCAUUGAGUGCAAUGACGCUUCCGAACAUCAUUAUGAGGACGACCCUCUACUUGAGAAGGCUGACCAUGCGCAUGCAAAGAUCGCAGAUUCGCUGGCUAACCUGGGUUUUUACACGAGAAGUAUGAAGCCGAUGAAACACUGGCUUACUGAAGACUUACCCAGUCCCCCACACCCCCCCAAUAUCAUGAUGAACGUCAGCGAAUCUUCCAUACUGGCAAUGAUCCCACACUCGCUGUCAGAGUUGAUCGAACAUUCUCGGCAGCGAAUUCGACGCAUCUAUCCCCGCGGUGUACGCUUGAGCUCGAGUAACCUUGAUCCGUUGAAGCAAUGGCGCAACGGCUCCCAGAUGGUGUGCCUCAAUUGGCAGAACUUCGACUGUGGUAUGCAGCUUAACGAAGCCAUGUUUGUUGGGACUGCUGGCUGGGUCGAGAGGCCGAGCAGGUUGAUAGGAGUUUCUGUGCGCACGGUGAAGUUGACGUGCAACGUUUUCGGAAUCAGCUCCUUGCCUCGCCCGAAAGGGCACACGGAGUUCUCACCGUAUGUUCACGCGGAGCUUUUUCAUUCUUCAAAGAAUCAAAAUUGGCGAUCUGAGCGCUUGAAGUGUAAAGAUGUUCCAGAGGAUGUCGUAGACGUCAUGUGGAAUAGUCGUUUUGAAUGGGAAUUCGAGGAGGAUGACUUAACUUUUAUACGCCUGCGUAUCCUUCGCCAUGAAGGACUCUCAAAGGAUGGACAAAUGUUGGUUUUCUGUGCGCGUCUCUGCGACCUUGAGCAGGGCUUGAGGUUCAUUCACCUACUAUCGAUGGAUGGGAAGUGCACCGGGGCAACGCUGCUAGUUAGAUUUACGAUCAAUGGAAUAUAGGGGAGAAUAAGUAGUAAGGCAUAGAGUAAAGUAUUCAG